AUGGCCCUACACUACCCCACAGCGACCCAGACGUUCUACCCCAACAGGCGCCUUCGUGGUUCAUCGAGUAUCAGACGCGUCAAGAUGAGUACAUGCGAGCCAUUCACGCCGAGGUCAGCUCGUGCAAUGCGCGAGUGGAGGCCUACAUUACUGAAAAUGACAGACGUUGGGAUCAGUGGAAAGAGCAUAGUGAGAAGCAUGAGGCCCGUUGGGACAAUUGGGAAGCACAGCACCGAAUAUGGGAAGAACAAAGGCGGCACCAAAGGCUCCUCCCAAAGACACGGGCAAACGCAAGAACGUAGCAACUCAACUCGAUUCACCGAGGAGGUUGUGACUGGUAGCAACUCAACUCGAUUCAACUCGAUUCCCGAUCUCUGCACAACCUUCACGCUCGUAACGGGGUGCCGCCAGCCACCGGCUACUCAGGGAGCGCCGCCGCAAUCGCCAGCCGUGAUAUGCACGGCCUGCCACCGUCGUCCCGUCGGAGAGCCGCCGUGCACAGUCCUUAGCCACCACCAAUCGCCUCCAACCGGCGCAACACUCAGCCACGCACAUAGCCACCACUCGAUCUCACCGCCAACAGCCGCCGCUCGACUUGCCGUCGCUCUGCCCGCCACUGUUUGA